AUGAGAGCAGCGCGGUGCUACAGCGAGCGGUGUUACCUUACCCCGCUGCUUAUCGCGAUUACCCGAUCGAUGCUUCCUGUGAUAGCACCGGUUCCUUUCUUUUCCUCGAAGCAAAAUACGUCAGCGGAGGAUCUCUGCGGGCCCGUCUCGGCCGCCGCGGGCACAGAUAAGAGACUCGCCCGCGAUUGGUCCGCGGUCACCAGCGCCGGAACCGGGAAUCGGCGCCGCCCGCCGCGCUGGGCCAAUCACAGGGGAGAACGGCGCCAGAUUGGCGGGCGCCGCCUUAUCAGACACGAUUACCGGAUCCGGACACUGAGCGGCACAGACGGCAGGAAAAAAGCAAGAAAUUGGAAGACUCAACGCGGCCGGGCACAGAACUACCCGCAGGAAGGAGCCGCAGGCUGUGGCCCAAACAGGAAGUUUGGGCACUCUCGCAAAAAAAAAGAAAAAAAAAAAGAAAAAUAUCUGCGAAUACUGAAAUUGCGCUCAUACCCAAACGUUUCUCCAUCUAUCUCUUCAGUGGUAGAGAUACGUUGUGAAGAGGGCGUUGUUAUCUGA